CGCUGCCCUCUCCUGCGACUUGUUGUGCAAGCCACUGCAUCAAUCCGUAUACCUUUCACCAAGCUCCAGACUCAGGCUUCCAAGCAAGUUUGCUUUGCCAAGGCGGCUUUCCCACUGCAUCCUCACCCCUACUUCACCUUCUAGACUGAAGAUGCUUGCUCAGGCUCGUAGCUUUGCCCAGCGGCCCGCCUCUUCCGCGCGUCGGUGCGUGCGACCAUCUCGGGUCACCGUCCGCGCGGUUGCCUACACGUCUGACAUCUCAGAGGAGGCGUAUGUAUGCCUGGGCCUGGCGCAGUGCUUUCGCAAAAGCAGCAAUGGGCUGGUGCCUGUCAACGUCAUCGAGCCCCUGUCCGCGUCCUCGCUGGAGUGCCUUGCAAACGGUGCACGUACCUCUUACAAGACCGUGACGGGCGUGACGUUUGGCGAUGCUAUGCGCCGCAAGCGUGAGACGCUGCCCGAGGCAUUCCAGCAAGCGCCCUUCUGCGAGAACUUCGAGUUCCGCUUGGAGGCCGCUGGCCGCACCUGGUCGCGCUCACACGCGCAGGACAACCUUAUGGACAUUGUGCCGCUGGGCAAGAGCCGCAGCAACUUCAACUUCAGCCUGGAGGACAAGCGCGUGCUGAACAUGGAGAACGUGGUGAACGACAACGACAACAUCAAGCAAGACAUGUCCAUUGACGUGUACGGCCGCAAGAAGGCCGACGACUACGCCGCCAAACAGGCCGCCGACAGCGCAGCCAAGGCGGCGGAGAGCGCGGUGGAGGACAAGAAGCGGCGCGAGGAGGAGGACCUCGACAUGCUGCUGCUGGCGUAAGGCGGUGGCGGUGGAGGCGGCGUGGAGUGAAGACUGGAUUCGAAAUGGAAAAGGACUGGAUGUGUCAGGACUCAGGAAGGCAGAAUGCAGCAGAGCGCAUGGUUACGGGGGGGAAGGGGGGACGUUUGUGCCGCCGCUGAGGAGUGCGGAGCUUUGGAGGAAUGUAGGGACGGCCCCAUGAGGUUGAGGCAGAGAAGAUGGGAGACGCAGGAGCGUGUGGUGUUUGGCAGUGCCUGAUUGGCAUCGUGUGUGCACCGACGUGUCUGUGUGGGGCCAGCGCGGAUCUAUACCAGCCGCAUUUCCUGCUGUUGACGCUUUCACAUUGAGGCGGAGGGGCGGGGUGAUGCGUUGUGCCAGCAGGGCUCUGAUGCCCUUGUGCGGCAAUUGAACAAACUUGAAUCCAACCCGCACAGGCACUCGAAUAAGAUGACGUUUCAAUGUAUGACUGGCCGCUGCUGGUGUGCGCCUGCAGAGUCGGGUAUGGCAGCGACGUGUGUUAUGGUGCCUUUAUUAUAGCAAGGCGGUUCGCAUGCACGCACGUGCCACCUCCUUUCAUGUCAGGCAUCAAUGUAAUUCUAGAUGCAC